GGAACCCUUAACACGUUUAGAAAUCCAUUGGAGUGAGUGACGUUAUAAAUAAACUCGGCUCGUGUUUUAGAAGUUGUUCUUCUUCUUCUUCAUGCUUUUGCAAAUUCACUCAUCUCGUCACCUCUUUCUUUCAUUCACAAAAACAAUCUCAUCAAUCAGAUGGUGUCCUUUGAGCAGAAUGAUUUUGAUACUUUCAUUGAACAUGCAUCUGAUGAUGACCUUGAAUUCAGUCCACGAAUCGGUCCUGAGUACCAGGCAGAAAUUCCUUCUUUGAUUGAGAAAUCAGACCAGCUUUCACUUCGAACGGAUCCUACUGAUUCAGAAGAUGUUCAUGAUAAAUCACUUUCCUCUGCAAUAAGUUUGCCCAUCCCAGUCAUAUGGAGUAUUGCUGACACAAAUAGCUUUGUACUAGGUUUGUUUAUUUUUGGGAAGAACUUUACUAAGAUAAAAAGAUUCAUAGAGAACAAACGGAUGGGGGAAAUACUUACAUUUUACUAUGGAAAGUUUUACGAAACUGAUGGAUAUUGUAGAUGGUCGGAGUGCAGGAAAUUAAAAGGGAGAAAAUGUAUAAUAGGGAAGAAACUUUUUGCCGGAGCGAGGCAACAAGAACUAUUAUCUCGCUUGAUUCCUCAUGUCUCUGACGAAUCUCAAGAUACAUUUUUACAGGUUUCUAAAUCAUAUGUUGAGGGAAGAACUUCUCUAGAAGAAUACAUAUCUUAUUUGAAGUCUACUGCUGGACUUGGCGUUCUUGUGGAAGCAGUUAGUAUUGGUAAGGAGAAGGGAGACCUUACUAGGCUUGACGUGGAACCUAGGAAGAACAGUCCUGGGGCAUUUUCAGCACAAACUUGCAAAGCUCUGUCUUCUUUUGGACCUAGUGAUAUAAUUCAAUCCUUGACAGGAGGAUUUCAGCUGAGCAAAACCAAAAGUGACGAUCUCUUCUGGGAAGCUGUUUGGCCUCGAUUACUGGCAAGAGGUUGGCACUCUGAGCAACCAAUGUAUCAAGGCUAUGUUACCUCCAAAGAUUAUCUGGUCUUUCUUAUUCCUGGUGUUGAUAAGUUUUCGAGGAGAAAACUUGUGAAAGGUGAUCAUUACUUUGAUUCUGUUAGCGAUGUCUUGAACAAAGUGGUAGCUGAACCGAAUAUUCUUGAGCUUGAAGAGGAAGAAUCUAAAGUUCACAGCUGCAAUGAGGAACAGCCAGAAAAGGGAACAAAUGAAGAUGAUUUAUCGGAUGAUCAUCGUCAAUGUUACCUCAAGCCCCGAUCUUUUACCUACAAUAAAGAUCAUAUAAAAUUAAUGGGUAUUGAUACCAGUUUGGUGCAUAAAGGAAAGCCAUCUGAUUUCAGGGAUUUGAAAUUUGUGCCUGUUAAUUCAGUUCGUAAAGUUGAGCCAGAUGCUGCUGGUAUAAACGAUGAAGGGCAAAGUUAUACAAGGAAUGUAAAACAUAGCAAGGAUAUGUCUAAAAGCAUUAAGCGGAAUUCGACAAAGUUGACGGUCAUUGAUACCAAUAGACUUUCCGAAGGAAAACUAUUGAAGAAAAUGAAACAACCAAAAUAUCCGUCGGUUGAAUUGGGAGAUGCUUCUAGGAUGACUACGAAUCUUCUGAAAGAAAGUAAAGGCGUCUCUUCAACUGAUGAUUCACGAAGAAUGGUGGAAGCUAAGAUGGUGCUAUGUGGUAAACAGAAAAUUAACAAAACUGAUAGUGAUCCAAACAAGAUGGUUGAAAGCCAGAAAAAUCAACACACUUCUGUGUUUGGUGAUAAUCGAAUGAAGAGGAUCAUAAAACAUGAAUUCAAUCAGAGAGUAAUAUCCGGUGAUUCUAAUCAUGCAGCUGUUCCUAUUAAAAGGAGGAGAUUAACUGCUUGUGUCAAGGCAGAAAAAAGCCACAUCACUGAGAAUUCUUCAGUAGGUUUGGGAUCGGAUAAACUGGGAUUCUCUCAUUCUUCUAGCUUUCAAGAUGCCAACCAAAAUGUUUGGCAUUCAGUUAGUCAUCAGCAGCAGCACAGAGGAAGUUUCACUGCUUCUUUAGCACACAGAAGUGUGGAAGAGAAUAAUGAAAAAAGCAUUCUCAAGGACUGUUAUCAACGCAAGAGUGUUCCUUGUGUUCAAGUUCAGAAAUGCAAAUCGUCCACCUUCAACAGACCCAAGGUUCCAUCGAAAUCUGUAAAUAUCAAAACAAUGGCGACGGUAGAGGAAGGUGAGCAUGGCCUAAAGACAAAUGAUCCAUGUCUAGCAUCUGCUACUCAGGAAGUAGUUGAGGAGCCUCUGAGAACACCUUGUGAUGUUGAUUCUUUGGAAAAACAGGCUGAUAUAAAUCUGAGGAGACAAAGCACUAGAAACAGAUCGCUGACAGUUAGAGCAUUGGAAUGUAUUGCAAAUGAAUUUUUGCAUGUGCAAAGUAGACAUAAAAGGAGAGACACACACUAAGAUCCUUUCAAUCCUUGCGGCAAGGCUCAUACAAGAGGUGAAACAAUGCUGCGUCGUCAUUGUUCAGAUCAUGGGAAUGCAGUUUUAGAACAAGAAGAAAGGUUUUUGAUUGAAGAUGGCAAUGUUGGCUAAAUAUUGCAAAAACAUGUAAAUCUUUUUUUUUUUUCUUAAGAAAGAAUAUAUUUAUUUUUACAGAUAAAUUAUCAAUCAGAUAUGGAACCUUCAAUA